UCAUUAAUGACCAACUGUCAAUCCUAAAAUUUCAAUUCAUAAUUUUUCGUAAUAUAUUAUCAAAAUUUUAGUAUCACAUAUUAUUGUACUUUUUAUUUCAGGGUUUCAAAUUGCAAAAGUUACUCAUUUAAAAACAAUAUCUCACCACAAUGGGCCAAAUGUUGGGGUCGUACAAUGCCCGAAAUGUAGAUCUUUAUAUGGAUGAUAAACCAACUUUUAAUCAUCAAGAUGGGUUUACAGUCGAAAGAAAACAACGAGAAAUGGUUGUCCCAGAAGAUCACCUAGUAUCUGCAAAAAUUCCGCCGAAAUAUCGCGACUAUUGUUCAGAUCAUUUAUUGGAAUACCAAGUGUGUCGCUAUAACAAAUGGCCAAUGUUGUACAAAUGUGCCCACGAGAAACAUAACUAUCUGAACUGUGAACACCAAGAUUAUGUUCUACGUAUGAAAGAGUUUGAACGUGAACGACGCUUACGCAUCAGAGAAAAUCGUCUUGUAGGAGUUGCUUAAGUAAAUAGUGAAAUGGAAGUUUGUAAAUAAAUAUAGAUCAGUA